AUGGCACUCUCCUUGCUACGACUUCAUCAGGAGGAAGGGAUCCUCUCUCUCUUCUCAGCUUCUCCAGGUGUAAUCCUGAUUCUGUCGCAGUCUCGUGGGUACCGCGCCGGAACCAAGUUUUUGCAGCAAGCCUCGUCCUUCGGUGUGCUUGCAUCUACUUUGGCCCUCCUUGUCUUCUAUUCAGCAAACUACUACUUUGACGACCCUUGGAUGAGCAAAAACAUCGGGGGCGGCUCAUCUUGGUUGGUCUUCUUCACGUCACGCGUGUGCGAUGCCUUCGCCUUGUUUUUCUACGCUGGAGAUCGCUGCAUUGACUGCUUGGGGAACUUCCUCGUUUGA